AUGGUUUUAAAGACGGAAUACACCAAGAGCCCAAGUGCAACCCUCCCCUCCAACGUGCCCUCAUGCAAGUCCCUGUCAUCCAGUGAGGAUGGCCCCAGUGGCCACUCCAGCCUCUCAGAUGGGGAGCUGGCCCAGAACUUACAGGAGAGCAUCAAGCACCGCAUCCUCUACCUCUCAGAGCAGCUGAGAGUGGAGAAGGCCAGUCGGGACGAGAACACUGUGGGCUACCUCAAGCUGGUGUCCAAUGCCGACCGGCACCAGGCCCCCCACAUCCGGCAGGCCUUUGAGAAGGUGAACCAGCGCGCCUCUGCCACCAUUGCCCAGAUCGAGCGAAGGCUCCGACAGUGUCACCAGCAGCUACAGGAGCUGGAGGGGGGCUGCAGGCCCAAGGGCUUAGUGCUGAAGGCAGAAAGCAGCCUGGACAACUGUGAGCAGCCCAGCGAGGAGGCCCCGUCUUUGGAGCCCCCCAAGCCAGGUGGGGAAGACUGCUUGUUUACCAGUCUGCCUGACGUUGUCAGACACUUCCCUCUGGAGAGUCGCUUCCUGGGCUUGCAGCAGGGGAAGUCCUCAGAGACAAAGCAUGUGGCUCAGCAGCAGAACCUGCUGUUGAAGAAGAUGGAGGAAGAGCUGGAAGAAGUCAAGAAGUUCCAUCUCAGCCUCCAGGUGUCCUUUCGGAGCCUGAAAGAGAGGUAUCUGAUGGACCUGCAGGUGUCGCUGGAGUCCCUUCAGGAGGAGAGAUGCAGACAAGUGUCGAUGGAAGAACAGGUGAAUGACCACCUGCAGGGACACCUGGAUGAGAUUUACCACCUCAAACAGAACCUGGCCUGCACCGAAGAGAGAAUGGCCUACCUGUCCUACAAGAGAGCCAAGGAGAUAUGGGAGGUCAUGGAGACCUUCAAGAGCCGUAUAUCCAAGCUCGAAUCUCUACAGCAAGUGACCCAACUGGAAAUGAUGGAGAGCCUCAGGAGCCGUCCCCGGGAAUUCAUGUUACGAUUUGUGAGCCUGCUGCUCACACUGGCCACUAUCCUCUUGGUCUUCGUCUCCACCGUGUGUGCCUGCCCCUUGCCGCUGGUGAAUUCGCGCCUGCGCACGUGCACCACACUCCUGCUGAUCGGGCUGGGGGCCCUGGCCUGGCAGAAGCGGCACACUAUCCCCGCCAUGGACUGGCAAGCCUGGGUCCCCUCCAGAUGGAGACUGUAUUCCAAGGACUCCAAGCCUCUAUCAGAUGGGCCUUGA